CUUGUGCAGACAUUUCAUCAACCGAAAAAGACACAUAGACUUGCACGGACGUUGCGCUAUCACUUGGCACCGCCUUUGCCCUGACGCUUAGGGGUGCACGCUACUACUUCCACGCGAGCGGCACGCAGCUCGCCCGUCUCUUCGAUUGCCAUUCAUGCCAGGCUCCAAGAAAGACCGGAAGAAUGGCAAAGAAAGUGGCGGCGGCGUUGUUGCAGCGGUGACGAAACAUGGUGCUAAGUUCUCCAACAGCAACGGAAAUGCCACCCAGGAGUCCUCCUCAAACCCCUCGCCCGUCAUCGCUCCGGUAGUCAACCCAUCUAGUUUGUCUUCUACUGACAAUACGGUCGCCUCUCCGUUACUGGAUGCGGUAUCGUCGGCAUCCUACGCAACGAGCAACUCACCGAGCACAAGGGAAUGGGCAAGAGGGCUCGCUCCCGGCAUGGCUGGGUCCCCGGGGAAUCUCAUCAGCCUGUCAGGGGAGUCUCCGCCCACAGCCCCUUCGUCCUACGAAGACACGCGUGGAAUGCGAUCCGGGUGGUCGUCGCCUAGACCGGUUGGCAUUUACCAUCCGCCUUCAGCCUCGCCGCCUAUGGCUGGUCGCCGCCCGCUAAGCUACCACAUGGAUGGCCAUUACUCUCCUCCUGAUGCGCACCUUCAGCUCGCCGCUGCUGCGGCAAGACGCAGUUCGAUGCACUCACACUAUAGCCAGCUCCGGAGUGGUACCUCAAAUCCGCCGUUGCCGCACCAACCACAGCCGCACUUUUACGGCGUGCCUGCUCUCGAUCUCGACCUGCAGUCGCGGGCUGGGAUGAAGGCGGGCGAGAAAGGCUACUUUUUCGGCUUUGGCACACUCUCCCCGCAGAAUACGGACCCGGCUCCUGGAAAGGACAAUGUGGUCCUGGCUGGGUAUGAGGGAGGGCUCGAGGUAUUCUCAGUUGGAAAACGAGGUCUCGAGAGUGUUGCCGGUCUGAAAGGACUUCGUGGAGGCGUACUUCAUGCCAAGAUCCUGCCGUGGACGCCUGACGGCUCGGAGCUGUUCCCUCUGGUGGCCGUGGUGGUCCAUGGUCCAUGCAUUCCGCUGCCGACACCGGAGAUCAACGUCGAGGGCGACUACGAUGCUGUGUCUGUCGACCGGUCGGAAGCCAUGGCUAGCCCCAGUCCAGACCCCGCGGCCAAAAUGAGUGGCAACAGAGUGUCUGGAUUCGUGGAAUCUUAUCAGACAGCCGUCGAGGUGUUCUCCUUGAAGACGGGCCGACAGGUGAGCGUUCUUCUUGAGGCGCCUAAGACGCCCCUCAAGUCGCCUAUCACCAGCCCAGGCUUCCAACCGCCUCCGCCAACUGGCGCCUUCCAUAUCCAUGCCGAUGGGGGUAAUAUCGUUAUCUCGUCGGGCGUCACAGGCGAGUGUUGGGUCUAUCGACAAACCCCAGCCUCGAGCGAGCAUCCCUUUCACUUCCGCUGUCUCGGCAAGAUAUGGACGACUCUCCAACAGGCCCCGAAGGGAGAAGCCGCUCAAGAGUCUGAGCGAGGCCGUAUCCCUGUAUCUCCUCGUCCCCGGCCGCAGGUGGCAAUCCUCAGCAUCAGUGGUAGAUGGAUCGCCUAUUGCCCGGCCGCGCCAUCCUCGCAAAUCGCCCUGCGGGCUUCAAUUAGGGUGCCUGCGUUUGGGCGUGCUCCGGGAUUGGCUUCCGUGACACCACCACAGCUACCGUCUGCGAACGCGGAGGUUGACCUCAUGUCUGAAAGCGCCAUGAACAAGUUCGUGAGAGAUGUUAGUCAGGAGCUGAUCCAAGGAGCGAAAUGGGUCGGCAAGCAGGGCUUGCAGGCUUGGAACAACUACUGGAACCCGCCUUCCACUCAACAACCACAGUCGCCCACCCUCGGGCCUCAGAACUGGGGCGGAGGGGGCGGCGUGCUCCCAGAGUUCUCACAGUUUCCGCCCACACAUGGCACCGUCGCCCAUCCGGUGGUAAAAGAGCCGGGCAUGGUUUCGAUUCUCGAUGUCGAGAGUCUUGGUUCUUCCUCGAACCCGCAUCCUGUCGCCACAUUCGCCAUACCUCAUGGCUGCAGCUUCUUGUCGUUCUCGCCCUCUGGCCUCUCUCUCUUCAGUGCCAGCAGCAAGGGCGAUGUGCAGACCGUGUGGGACAUAAUGCGCGCCCAAUACACCAAAUCCUCGCCACUGCAUGCUACUGGUUCACCUUCAGGUGGGCCGAGAGUGCGCCAGGUUGCCCAGUUCUCACGGAUGACAGUUGCUCGGAUUGUCGAGGUCGCUUGGGCACGUCCACAUGGCGAACGCCUGGGCGUGGUCACCGAGCGAGGUACUGUCCACUUACUGGAUCUGCCCUCGAGCGCCUUCACAUGGCCUCCUCCUCGCCGCCGGCGGCCUCAGGAGGCGAAGCCUUCGGUGGCAGAGGGCCCAACAUCGGCCGUCUCCAUCGCAUCAAAUGCUCUAAGCUCGGUUCGCGAGGUGGCGCGGCCUCUCAUCAGCCGUCAGCGCAGGAGCAACUCCGGUGCUUCGCAGACAAGCGGAGGCAUCGGAGACUAUGCCACCCAUGGUGGGAAGGUCAUCGCUGCUAGCAUUAGCCAUUCACUGGGCAAGACUGGCAAUGCAAUCAGCCAACUUCGCCACACGGGAGAGAACAGAGUUUCACUUCCAAGCUCGACUACGCUCCCGGCUUCCUCAUGCGUGACCUGGGUCACCGGGAAGAGGGACCACUCCCUCUUCGUGCUGGGCGGCGGCCUUGUCCGAACCUUCCCAGCCAAGAGUCGGAAGACGGCUUCGGGUGUCGAUAAGCGUGCGCCGCGCCUUUCUCGCUACAUAGACUUCCAGGUUCCCCUGCUGCCGGACGAGAUCCUGUCGCCGUUAGUCAAGAAUAUCCUUGACCCUGAUGAGUACCUGGACUUCGUGGAGAAGGAUUAUGACGAGGGUGACAACACAAUGGUACUGAACCAGCCCGCGCAGCGAACGCGCACUCAUGGCCGCAGUCCCGAGUCCUUCAUCCCUCAGGCUGAGAUCGAAUCUAGUGCUCCGUAUCAGCCGUUCCACACGGAUCGGCGGGUGGCGCUGUACGAGACGGAGCCGUCCCAGCAGGGGGCUGAUAUUGCUGCCCUCAUGGCGGCGACGUCGCUAGAGGAGACGUCACCGGAGCUGUCGACCGGUCGGAAGAAGGGGCGGAAACCGAACCAACCCCAAAUAGACCAGUGGGUUUUCGGGGAGCGUAUCGAGGCCACCAAGCUUGAUCUUGGCUUGCCCAAUCUGCCAGAAGAUGACUCAUUCAGCAUCCCACUCGACUCAUCACGCGCCCUUCCGGCUUCUGCUAUGGAACGAAUCCUUCAACGCACAGGGGACGACGAUGCGCAGAUUGUCGUUACGACCCGCCGAAGACGGGGAACCGCGCCGACCCAGGGUGACGACGGCUUCUUUGAGGAUGAUUGCGAAGUGCUUGAUUUUGCAGACCAGCGGGUCUGACCAUGCAAUCGAUUUUCAUCGCCGGCACUAUUCGAUGUUUUCCUGGCGGCCUUAGCUCAUCGCCCGUGUGGAAUCAUGUCACGGUUACGAUCCGUUGGGCUUACGCAGUGGUUGUGCCCACGGUCGAGGCGGGGUGCCGAUUUGGGGAUUCAUAUUUACCAUUGAAAGGAGCUGGAUAUGAAGGUCAUCGCAUUGGAAUUGAGAUGGGCAUAUUAAGGCAGCGGUCAGGGGAUAAUUGACAGUUCUCUCCGCUCCUGUGCUUAGGUUUGGCGCUUGGCUCGGGUUGGUUGUGAUCGGAUUGGGCUACCUGACUUCUUUUCUGCCAGUCCUUGGAGACAGGCUCGACUACCGAGAGUACCGAGCAGAUAGUUGGAAACUGAUCUGGCUCAGCAAAGUCGAGCACAGGAGGUGACGAAAGACCU